GAAGGCAGCAGCAGCCCUCCAUCGGGGCCCUCCCCUCCCUCCGCCCUCUAUCCGGCUCACCUUGCUCAGUGAGCGGGCCCGGCUCACAGAGCGCAGCGCUGUGGCCGCGGAGUGUUUGAGUGGUUGUGAGCAGACCGGCGGCCCGUGUGCAUGUGUAUGUAUGCAGCCUUGUGAGCGCGCAUGUGCGUCAGUGUGUCCCAGCGUGAGUUCCCCGCCGGUUGAAGCAUGGAGGAGUUAGCCAGAGAGAGCAUCAGCCUGCUGGCCUCAGCCUCGACCAAGCCCCGGCUGGACGUGGCCGCCGGGCCUCGGCUCGGCUCCAUCGGGGCCAUCUUCAUCAUGCUGAAAUCCGCGCUGGGUGCCGGCCUCCUCAACUUUCCCUGGGCCUUCGAGAGAGCAGGCGGCAUCCGCAGCGCAGUCACCGUGGAGCUGGUGUCCCUCGUGUUCCUGGUCAGUGGUCUGAUCAUCCUGGGCUACUCCUCGUCCAUCAGUGGCCAGUGCACUUACCAGGCGGUGGUGAAGGAGGUGUGCGGGCCGGCCAUCGGUCAGCUGUGUGAGAUCUGCUUCGUCUUCAACCUCUUCAUGAUCUCUGUGGCCUUUCUAGUGAUUGUGGACGACCAGCUGGAGAAGUUGUGCGGCUCCCUGUACGAGCUGAUAACUGACAUGCCGGCGUCGGAGAUGCCGCACCACUUCUACACAGACCAGCACUUCGGUCUGGUGAUGCUUUGCCUCCUCCUCAUCCUGCCGCUGUCCAUCCCCCGAGAGAUCAGCAUUCAGAAAUACAUCAGUGGUCUUGGUACUCUAGCUGCAACCUACCUGGCCAUUGCCAUCAUCAUCAAAUACCACGCCACGCCUUCUGUUCUGGUUCACAUCUCGCCUCUCUACACCAGUGGGAUCAGCUCCUGGUCCUCCAUGUUCAGUGUCAUACCGACCAUCUGCUUUGGUUUCCAGUGCCACGAGGCCUCCAUCACCAUCUACAGCAGCAUGGAGAACCAGCGGCUCUCUAACUGGGUCUUCAUCUCUGUGGUCUCCAUGAUCUUCUGUCUGGUUAUCUACUCCCUCACAGGGGCUUAUGGGUACCUGACAUUUGGAAAGGACGUGAAGGCCGACAUUCUGAUGUCGUACACCGGCGAUGACAUUCUGAUGCUCAUUGCCAGGCUGCUGUUUGGAAUCUCCAUCAUCACCAUCUAUCCCAUCAUCCUGCUGCUGGGCAGGUCAGUGAUCCAGGACCCCUUGCUGAGCUGGAGGCGGCGGCGGGACGGCGUGGCGACGGCACAGUUUGAGAGCCGCAGCCGCUACGUGCUGACUGUCCUGUGGAUAACGGUGACGCUGCUCAUCGCCACGUACGUGCCGGACAUCAGCAAGGUCAUCAGUGUCAUCGGAGGGAUCAGCGCCUUUUUCAUCUUCAUCUUCCCAGGGCUCUGUCUGAUGUUUGCCAUGCAGUCGGAGCCAGUCUCCUGUAAAACUAGAGUCAUCCUCACAGUGUGGGGGGUGGUGACCCUGCUCUGCGGAGCUUUCAUCUUCGGCCAGAGCACCACUACCGCCGUGAUGCAGGUCCUCGGAAAGAUCUGACCGUUCCUCCUCCCUCACUGAUCCAGGGUUUACAUGGAGACUGUCGUGACCAGAUCACCACCUCUUUCCUUUUCCUCAAAGAGCCCAUGCUGAAUUAUGGCCACCAUGGACUUUAAAAGUGAACAUGACCCCUGAACUAUCGAGUGGCUCCUCAAAACUUGUAACUAGUGGCCUUAACCACUAUGGACUAAACCCAGUAAAAAACCAUUCCUCCUCCAGUGUAAAGGUAUGUCGCUUUCAUUUGGGUUAUUUGUUCUUAGACGCAUCUGACAACGAGCUCCGUCUGCCUCUUGCCAUACUGAGAUGAUUUGAUUGGAAUCCUCAGGUAUUUCUGAAGUUUGUUUAUAUUGUAGUUAAUUUACUGUAACACUUAUUUGUGCGUAUCAGCAUUAGACCUGCCUGCAUUCAGAAAUCAUUGACAUACAGUUCGUGGGUAAAAUAAGGCGCUUAAUCUGGUGGGCAGGGUGUUGAAAAUGCAUUUCUUUCAAAAAAUAUUUUUUUUCUUGAACAAUGUAUUACAUUUUAAUGGUGGGAGCAAUAUUCAACUAUCAGUAGUGUAGCAUUAAACCAACUAGAACAUUGAACCGAUAUGAAAUUAAAACUUGAAAGCUAUUAUUAUGUGUGCCAAACAUGGUGCAAUAAGCCAGUUACCACUAGAAUGAGAUGUAGGCCUGAGUGGGAAUAUGUCCAAGACCUGCUGGUAUCUACUGUAGAACCAUGGAGAGACAGAGCUCCGCUACAACAUGCAACCAAGGGCUGAAACGCUACCAAGAUGCCUGUAGCUAGCUAAAAUAGUUCGAUUUCAGCAUGUCAAAGGAUUAUUUUAGCACCUCACGUCAACCAGGGGUGCAGUUUAUGGCAAUAAUGAUGACAGGACAAGUUAGCUGUUAGCAAGCUAAUGUUAGUAAGUUACUGUAGUUAGCUAAGGGACUUAAACACAUAAUACUGCAUUGCUUUCUGACAUUCUACUAUAACAAGUUAAAAACUGUCAAAAUGAUAUAGUGUAACUUGCAGAAAUAUAGUUAAGCUAAAACAUUUAGCCAAAUGCUCGUUUGAGCUGUACGAUCCCACAGCGUUCCCAUUCUUCCUUCUGAUGUCUCGCGUCUUAUUGCCUGUAUUCGUUUUUUCAUUUUGUCAAAACUUAGUUCCAGGUUCUUUACCCUGUUGGUAGAGCAUCCCACCACACACCAGCUUUAAGGCAUUAUUCUGUUGUUUGCUAGCAGAUAGAAUUCCCCUCGGGUGUGGGCGGGACUUAAAUGCUCUUUGAGGUUGAUUGAGGGGCCACAAUAAAUGGGGAGGGAGGAGGGUUUCUUGAUGUUACUGUAUAGUUGGAUGCAAGUGUGUGAAUAAUUAUAUAUUUUGAUUGUUAAAAAAGAAAAUGCUGCACUCUAACUUUUUUAUGAAAUAUCAAAGUA